UGAUAAAUCUUGUGGAGCACAGAAAAGCAGUAAAGUCUGAGAACAGUACUGGGACGUGAGUGCCAUCCAUUCCAGUUGGCAUUUGCAGCUAAAUCUCUCUUCCCCUUUAACCCUCCCUCUACUCCUCUACUCUCUAGAAUUUCCUCUUCCUCUGUUAGGUCACCACCUAACCAUAAAAACAAUAUUCAACCCCAAAAAGAAAACAAAAAGCCAAAAAAGAAAACCACCUUUUUUUGAUGAGAUAAUCUGAUAAUGCAAGGUUCUGUAGCUGAAUCAGAAGCAGAGGAUGAUGCAUUGAAGUGGAAUAAGCUCCUUUUCAACUCCAAUGGCAAACACUAAGCUCAUCCUUCUCCUCCUUCACAUCCUCUUCCUUUCCACUUCAUCACUAGCAGCUCAAGUGUCACAUUCACAUUCCAAUGCUCAUCCUUUCCAAAAUGAACAAGCUGAAGCUGAAGAAGAAGAAGAGAAAGUACCAUUCGUGGGUGUGAACAUUGGCACAGACGUAGCAAAUCUCCCACCAGCUUCAGAGAUAGUGGCGUUUUUGCAGACACAGAAAAUCACACACAUUCGUGUCUACGACGCCAACACAGAAAUCCUCAAAGCCCUUUCCGGUACCAAAAUUCGCGUCAUCAUCUCCAUCCCCAACAACCAGCUUCUCGCCAUCGGCUCCUCCAACACCACCGCCGCUUCAUGGAUCGGCCGCAACGUCGUCGCUUUCUACCCACAAACCCUCAUCACCGGAAUCUCCGUCGGCGACGAGGUUCUCACCACCGUCCCCUCCUCCGGCCCUCUCCUCCUCCCCGCAAUGCAAUCCCUCUACUCCGCCCUCGUCGCCUCCAACCUCCACCAGCAAAUCAAAAUCUCCACCCCUCACGCCGCCUCCAUCAUCCUCGACCCUUUCCCACCUUCCCAAGCUUUCUUCAACCAAACCUUCUCCUCUGUGAUUCUCCCUCUGCUUCAGUUUCUCUCCAAAACUGAGUCCCCUUUGAUGAUGAAUCUUUACCCUUACUAUGUCUACAUGGAGAACAAGGGUGUGGUUCCUCUGGACAAUGCUUUGUUCAAACCUGUAACACCUAAUAAGGAAAUGGUGGAUCCCAACACCUUGCUUCACUAUACCAAUGUGCUCGACGCGAUGAUCGACGCUGCUUAUUUCUCCAUGAGGAUUCUCAAUGUCACUGAUGUUGUUGUUCUUGUGACAGAAACAGGAUGGCCUUCAAAGGGUGAUUCUAAAGAGCCUUAUGCUACAAAAGACAAUGCUGACACUUAUAAUUCCAAUUUGAUAAGGCAUGUUUUCGAUCGUAGCGGAACCCCUUUGCAUCCGGAAACUACUUCCAGUGUGUUUAUCUAUGAGCUUUUUAAUGAGGAUUUGAGGUCUCCGCCGGUUUCGGAGGCCAAUUGGGGGCUGUUUUAUGCCAACACUACGGCGGCGUAUUUGCUUCAUGUGUCCGGGAUAGGGAGUUUUAUGGCGAACGACACGACCAACCAGACUUACUGCAUUGCCAUGGAGGGCUUUGAUACCAAGACAUUGCAGGCCGCGCUGGAUUGGGCGUGUGGGCCGGGGAGGGCGAAUUGCUCGGAGAUUCAGCCCGGAGAGAGUUGCUACCAGCCUAACAAUGUGAAGGGGCAUGCCUCUUAUGCGUUUGAUAGCUAUUUCCAGAAAGAAGAGAAGGCUGCUGGGACUUGUGACUUCAAUGGAGUAGCUAUGAUCACUACCACAGACCCCAGUCACGGGAGCUGUAUAUUUCCUGGAAGCAAGAAAGUAAGCAACGAGACAAAGGAAGUGGUGAACUCUACACAAUCAAGCAAUGCAGGGGAGAAGUUAAGGUUCAGAGCAACCUUCAGCAGCAUCAAAACAAAUGUAGUUAACAACAUUUUGCACAUUUUAUUGGCUGCAUAUCUCCCCACUUUGUUGUUAGUCCUUUUGUAAGGUGCAAAUAAUUCAAUUUUAUUCUUCUUUUUUGGGAUUUUGAAUUUGUUAGAGUUAAGGAUAAGAUCAUAAGAGAAAAGCAAUUGUGGAUGAUCUGCAGGUCUAAACUUAGUGUUUAUGGAUAUGAUUGACGCUUCCUUUUUUAAUAAAGUAGGUUGAAUAACAUAGUGUUUAUGAAUAUGAUAGAUGCUUCAGUAGGGAGAUUGAUCUUGUAAUUAACCUAUGUAUUUCAUGAAAUAUUUGUUAAUCAGUUUGUUUAGGAUAUGCAUAACAA